GCAGUACUGACUUGAACAAGGACACAGAAGGAGCUUAGUACUGGCUGUGCCCUCAGAGACUGCAGGAGUCAAUAAUAGCUAGAGCUUGUUAGGAUGCAAGACUGGCAUACGGACUGCUUCCCCAGUGAGACUUGAGUAGAGACAGAGCAAGCAAUCUGGCUUCACAAAAUCUGAUGUACCAAGAGAUACCCGACAGUUUUAUUCAAAGCAUUCCUGCUCCAGUGCCGACCACCAACUGUAAGAAAAGCCAUUUUAGAGCUUCAAUUACCUUGUUUGCAAGUGCCAGAAAGCUCAGCUUGUCGCAGCUUCACACAGACAGCUUGCCCGACUGCAGAGUUCACAAAGAGAAGACUGUCGACAAAAGGAACAGCGCUAAACAGGCCAGAGCAAUGAAAACCCGUCUGGGCUGCUUAUCACAGAAAUCUGACUCCUACAGCGAUUUCAGCUCUUUUCUGCCCAAUAAGCACGAGAAGCCAAUUAGAUGUAUGAAGCUAUCCACAGAAGAAGCUGUGCAAUGGACCGAAUCAUUCAGUCUCCUUCUGGCUAAUAAGUAUGGUCUGUCUGCCUUCAGAGCAUUCCUCCGCUUGGAAUACAGUGAGGAGAACAUUGAAUUUUGGCUGGCCUGUGAGGACUACAAAAAAACCAAGUCUCCUGCAAAACUCACUUCGAAAGCGAAGAAGAUCUAUUCCGAGUUUAUAGAUGUUCAAGCUCCAAAAGAAGUAAACCUCGAUUUUCAAACUCGGGAGCUGACCAGGAAGAACCUUCUGGAGCCAGCCCAAAGCUGCUUUAACGACGCACAGAAAAGAAUCUACAGCCUGAUGGAAAGAGACUCUUAUCCCAGGUUCCUGAGAUCAAAGGUUUACUUGGAUGUGCUAAACCAGACACAAAGUAAUAGCCAGACACAACGGAGGUUCAGCUGAGGAAGGCUAAUCAGAACAAAGUGUACAGGGAGAGUUCUCUCCUACUCCAUUUUCUGUGCCAUCCCACUCAUGAAUUUUACUCUGCUGUUGCAUAUUAGUGUUGCAGUGAAAAUGGGAUAGAUGAAAAACUUUCCGUGGUGGUAUUCCCUUGUUCUUAAUUUUCAACCGUUACAUGGAAUGCAGCUUCUUUUGACAGCAAGUCUUCACCCAAAUGGAUUUAUCCCAGUGCCAGUCACCUAAACCCCAACUUAUCUUUGCCACAAAGUUACUUGAUGACAUUCGGAUAACACUUCUGUUUCUUUUAAUCUGAGGCUUGUUGAAACAGCUUUUCCUACCCUUACAUCGUUGAGAUGUAAAGGCGGUAUCAGAUCAAAUAAAUGUUCUAGUGCACAUGCAUUUAAGUGUUUGAAGUGAAAACAGUUGUUUUAAAUCUAGUGUUUGUAAUGCAAUAGAUAUUUGUUGAUUGAACACACACUGUGUUUGUGAAAAAUGUUUUUUUCUUAAAUGCAAUUCCAUUUGUAUAUUUAUCAUCCCUGUCCCCUUCAGUCUGAGUGUAUUUAUUAAAUGAGAUAUCAAAUAAAAUGUGUUUGUGAGGAA